ACGGGUGACGUCACGAUGACUACAAAUAUCCCAUCUCUUUUACCAAUCAUGUACCUGUACCUCCUGGGGCUGGUGGUUUUCUACUACCUGUACCGCUGGGUCAGGGAGCUACCCAGGGUCCCUGACAAGGGCAGCAAGUAUGUGUACAUCACAGGCUGCGACAGUGGCUUUGGCAACCUCCUGGCCCGCCAUCUGGACAAGCAGGGGUUCAGAGUGAUCGCCUCGUGUUUCACAGAGAAGGGAGAAGAGGAUCUGAAGAAGUCCUGCUCCAGCAACCUGAUCACAACACACCUAGAUGUUAGGUCUAAGGACAGUGUUGCCAAAGUUGCAGCGACGAUUAAGGACAAAGUUGGGGAGUGUGGUCUGUGGGCUGUGGUGAACAAUGCAGGCGUGUCCAUUCCCUCUGCUCCCUGUGACUGGCUGACCAUUGAUGACUACAAGCUCAUGCUGGACGUGAACCUGAACGGCAGCGAGUUCCUCGAUGAGGCCGACCAUGUGGAAGGCUUGCUCGGGCAGAGCAUCAUACUCAUUAGAGGGAAACAGAUGGUAACUCAGAAAGAUAACGGCACACUGGGCUCCGGCAUGUCCGGGGAAGAGUCACGAGUGCCAUUUGUCUUGUAG